AUGCACCAUGAAACCUUGCACAUUCCAUCAUUAUCAUUUUUAAUUGAACACACUGCAACCAAACGCAAACUUCUUUUCGAUCUCGGCCUGCGAAAGGACCUUUCGGCACUGCCGCCAACAGUGCAGAAGUUUUUCUCCGAUUCAGGAUGGGAUUUGAGAGUUGACAAGAACGUUUCAGAUAUUCUUAUCGAGCAUGACGUAUCGCCGGAGGAUAUCGAGGCCGUUGUUCUUAGCCACCACCACUUCGACCACCUAGGCGAUCUGAGCCAAUUUCCUAGAACGACACAUAUCAUUGUCAGGCCGGACUUCAAGGCUACGCAUCUGCCAGGAUGGCCGAUCAAUCCUGGCUCGUCUCUCAUUGAUGCAGAUUGGACAGGGCGUAAUAUACGAGAAAUAUCAUUCCAGGAAGGCCCCAAUGUUCAGACUAUUGGUGGAUUUCGAGCGGUUGACUAUUUUGGGGAUGGAAGCUUCUUUCUUCUUGAUGCCCCUGGUCAUACAGUCGGGCAUCUCGCAGCAUUGGCAAGGGUCACCUCAGGAGCGAACUCCGCGUCUGGAUGUUCUUCGACAUUUCCCCAAAGAGACACAUUUGUUUUCUUGGCUGGCGAUAUUUGUCAUUAUCCAGGAACGUUUCGACCGAGCAAACACGAACCCCUCAAUUUUGAAAAUUGUUCAAGUGUGGCAAGCUGUCCCGCAGCAUUUUAUCUUGAUAUCCACCCGCAAAAAUGCUUUGAUCAACCGGUUUAUGAAAUGCCAGCAGAUGCCACCGUGGACGAAGCUGCUGCAAAACAUUCCAUACAAAAAUUGUGCAGGUUUGAUGGUAAUAACAAUGUGUUGGUGAUUAUCGGACAUGACGCAUCCUUAACUGGGAAGAUUGAUUUAUUCCCGGCAAAUGUCAACAAUUGGAAAGCUAAAGGAAUGAAGGAUAAACUACACUGGAGCUUUCUCGGCGAUUUUGGCAGCAAUACAAAGGCCUUAGAGCAAGCAUAG